GCCUUCCCCAUUUCCAUGGCUUUUCCUUCGCUUCCUGUUGCUUGAUUCCGUUUGACCUCGAUCUCCUCCUGCGCUGCGGCGAUGGCCGGGACUGAGGUCGCGGUGACCCGGCUGUCGUGGGAUCUGGUGGUCCCGGCGGAGCCAACACCGGCCGGCCACCUCCGCCUCUCCUGGCUCGACCGAUACCCCACCCAGCGCGCCCUCAUCGAAUCCCUCCACGUCUUCGACUGCGGUGGCGACGGCCGGGACCCGACGGCAGUGAUCCGGGUGGCGCUGGCGGAGGCCCUAGUGUAUUACUACCCGCUAGCCGGGAGGCUGGCGGAGACCGAGCAGGGCGAGCUGCAGCUCUCCUGCAACGAGGGCGGGGUGUGGUUUGUGGAGGCCGGCGCCGAGUGUGGCCUCCGAGAAGUGGAUUACUUGGAGCACCCCAUGAUGAUCCCUAAAGAUGAGCUGCUGCCCCGCCCCUCGCCGGAGAUCGAUCCGGCGGAAGAGGAUAGCUUGAUUUUGAUGGUCCAGGUAACAAAGUUCGCGUGUGGCGGGUUCGUCGUCGGCUUCCGGUUCAGCCACGCGAUCUCCGACGGCCCGGGAGCGGCCCAAUUCAUCAACGCCAUCGCCGAGCUAGCGCGCGGGGUUCCGCAACCCACCGUGGAGCCGGUGUGGUGCCGCGACGCGAUCCCCAACCCACCCAAGUUCGUUUCCGGGCCGUGCGCGCUGCCCACCGACGUCCACCUCCAGUACCUGAUCAUGGACAUCUCCCCGGAAUUCAUCGGCCAGCUCAAGGCCCAGUUCUUCGAUCAGACCGGCGACCGCUGCUCCUCCUUCGACGUCAUCGUCGCCAAGGUCUGGAAGUGCCGGACGCAGGUCAUCCGCCUCGCCCCUAACGUCGACGUUCACCUCUGCUUCGCCAUGGACACCCGCCGCUUGCUGCAGCAGGUCCUCCCUGCCAACGGCGGCUACUACGGCAACUGCUACUACAUCAUGAAGGUUCAGGCGGCGGCAGGGAUGAUCGCCGCAGCUUCGAUCGCUGAGAUCGUGAAGCUGAUCAAGGACGCCAAGCGGCGGCUGCCAGUGGAGUACGCGAAGUGGGCGAAGGGCGAGCUGAAGGAGGAUCCGUACCAGCUGACCUCUGCCUACGAGUCGCUGCUCGUCUCCGACUGGACCAGGCUGGGUUUCGCCGAGAUAGACUAUGGCUGGGGACCACCGGCUCACGUCGUCCCCCUCACCAACGCGGACUACAUCGCAACCUGCAUCCUCGUCCGCCCCUCCGCUCCCAAGCAGGGCGCGCGCCUCAUGACGCAGUGCGUCAUCCGCCAUCAGGUCGCCGCCUUCCGCCAAUCCAUGAUGAGCUUCAGCUGAUCUCUGUAAACCGCCCAACGGCGUCGCCUCUAUCGAAUUUCUUUUUUUUUUAACAUUUAUUAUUUUUCCUGUUUUGAUUUUUAAAAAUUAUGUGAUCUUUAAUUAAUCUGUGGAUUUUUUUCAUCAAUUCGUUGUAUAUGAUUUUUUAUCUUCUUUUC